AAGAUGUCAACAAAUGUCAUAUCCUAUUAAAUAUCCCCUUAUAAUAACCUCCCUAUAAUAAUCCUGUGUUACGGCGAAAUUCAGUUAAGCGAUUGUUUGCGAACCGCCAUGAUAGAAGAAGAAGAAGAAGAAUAUGUUUGUAAUCGCAUUCCCUGCUUGCAUAGCCGUCUGUAGAACCAACCAAGAAAACCUUGAUCACAUGGUGAGGGUUUGGUAGCUACAGUGCUGCCUUCAGGAAGUGCCUAGUCUUCAGAGUGGAUUUCGGUUUGGACUGUAUUUGUUCCUAAACAAAGUGCGAGUCAUUGCGCGGGGGCCGGUAAAGUAGGUUGAAGCGAUUGAUAGAUUUGUUGUAAUUUACGUCACAUUUAUUUGCUUUAUAUAUUCGGUAUAUAUAUUUUAAAAAAUGGGUCCUGGAUAAAGAUAAUUUUCGAGAAACACCGGAGUACGGGGUUUCGAUUGCAAGCAGGGAUGAGCAGAGGCCCGCGGCUGUUUCAUUAAGCUUAGCGAGGACUGUUGAAGUAACGUUACGGACUCACCGGCAUUGUGCCCAAAGACCCGGAGAACAUACUCCAAAAAUAUACACGUUUUGCCCCUUGAUUCUGUUUUGGGAGAGUUCUAACUUGUUACAUCGCCAAGAUAGCUGGACCGGGCAGAAAGCGGCACACCUCAGAACCAGACCCCAGCAGCAGCGACGCAGGCGACGGGCGUCCCGUGAGCGCUAAGUGCCUGAAGAUGGCCAGCAGCACUGAAUCAGGCCGGCGGAAUGGGGGUCAGCGCAGCGCCGAUGACACCACCAGUAAGAAGAAGCAGAAGGACAGGGCCAACCAAGAGAGCAGGGAGGCCAAGCGAGCAGCAGCAGCAGGGGACAAUGCAGAGCACAAGAAAGAUGUGUUUGUGGACUGGAAGCAGAAUGCGAAUGAGGUGACAGUGAGGCUGCGCUGUGGAGAGGGGGUUCAGAGUGUGGAGGACGUCACCACUACCUUCACUGACACAGACUGUCAGGCCUGCUUCCCAGAUGGGCGCCAGUGGGACUGUCACCUGCAUGAGGAGAUUGAGGGCUCCUGCAGCAAAGUGCAGUACAAAGAGAAGUACGGCUUCCUGCUUUUGGUCAUGCACAAGAAGAUCCCCUUUCACUCCUGGCCCUCCCUUAAGCAAACUAAAAAGGAGAAGGAGCCUGUGAACGUGCAAGCCAAGAACGGCAAAGAGCAGAAACCACCGCCUGUGGUAAAGCCAGAGAAAUCUGUUUCUGAGUCGUCAGACAAGCCCAAACUGUCCACCCAGCCGUCUGCUCCGCCGGCACAGAGCGAACAGAGACGUGGCAAAGUUGAGCGAGGUGUCAAACGCACCAUGAAGAACAAACCAGCAGCAGACAGACCAGAAUCUGGGGUGAAGGCUGCAGAAGAUGAGGAGACCAAGCCUCUCAGUAAAGGGGACCUGCUUCAGGAGCCUAGUGCCAAGCGCACCGUCUGUCCCUCCAAGGACCCUACUUCACAGACACCCAGGGAUACACACCCCAAGUCCACAGCCAAUGGGAAACCGCACACCCCUACUCCCACUGGCUGGGACCCCCAGAUGUAUACAGCUGGUGACAAUCGUGCUGAGAGGCUAGGCAACGGCCAUGAGUGUACAACACCCGAGAUAGCUGUCAGCCACACACAGCAGGAGAUGAAAGUUCAGCUGGAGAAGUCCCCAGAGUCUGAUUUCAAGGCUCGGGCAGGAGAGGAACGCAUACCGUCAGCCACUAUGUCCAGUGCUGUGAGCAGCCACAAGGCUGAAGACUCCACAAAUAGAACAGAGAGGCAAGGGGAGGCUGAGGCUGAGAGGACCGAAUCCUCUACUUUAGUGAGAAAGUCCAAGGAUGGGGCUGACCAGGCCACUCUAACACCAACCAGGCAGUCAGGAUCAGGAGAGCCUGUGACUGCAACACCAAGCAAGCAGGCAGAGUUCACCAGCAGUACAGAGGAGGAGAAGAAGGACCAGUCUAAAGAGGAACCUCUGGAGAUUAAGCAGCUGGAAGCAGUUCCAGAGCCAAUGGUGAACCUCAAUUUUGUGAAGAACGACUCGUACGAGAAAGGCACAGACCUAAUGGUGGUCAACGUUUACAUGAAGAGCAUCUGCAGAGAGACUGCCAGGGUGAUCUUCAGGGAACAGGACUUCACCCUCCUCUUCCAGACCAGUGACGCAAAUUUAUUGCGCCUUCAUGCGGACUGUGGAGCGAAUACAGUUUUUAAGUGGCAAGUCAAACUCAGGAACCUCAUCCAGCCUGAGCAGUCUACAUACUCCUUUACCCCGUCCCGGAUAGACAUCACUCUGAAGAAGAGACACAGCCAGCGCUGGGGGGGCCUAGAGGCCCCCGCUACACAAGGUGCAGUGGGGGGCGCCAAGGUUGCUGUGCCCUCCGGGCCGUCAUCUCAGACUAGUCAGCCGGGCAGCAGCCAGCACACCCUCCCUGCCAAGGAGGAGCCCCCCCGGGCAGAAGACGGAGGCCUGGACAAUGUGUCCGCCCGUACCGUCUCAGACCAUGCCCCUAUCAAACAGGAGCCUGCAGUCACGCCCAAGCCCACGUGUAUGGUCCAGCCCAUGACCCACGCGCCUCCUGCUGGCAGCGAGCGCAGUGUUGAGGAGGAGGAGGAAGAGAAGGUGUGUGUGCCAGGCUUCACAGGCCUGGUCAACCUGGGCAACACAUGCUUCAUGAACAGCGUCAUCCAGUCUCUGUCCAACACCCGUGAACUCAGGGACUACUUUCAUGACCGGGCGUUUGAAACUGAGAUCAACUGUAAUAACCCAUUGGGGACGGGUGGUCGGCUGGCCAUCGGGUUCGCUGUGUUGCUGCGGGCUCUGUGGAAGGGUACCCACCAUGCUUUCCAGCCCUCCAAGUUAAAGGCGAUCGUGGCCAGUAAGGCCAGCCAGUUCACAGGCUAUGCCCAGCACGAUGCCCAAGAGUUCAUGGCCUUCCUCCUGGAUGGUCUCCAUGAGGACCUGAACCGCAUCCAGAACAAGCCCUACACAGAGACGGUGGACUCAGACGGACGGCUGGACGAGGUGGGUGAAAUAGAGGUGGUGGCGGAGGAGGCGUGGCAGAGGCACAAGAUGAGGAACGAUUCGUUCAUUGUGGACCUCUUCCAGGGCCAGUACAAGUCCAAGCUUGUCUGCCCUAUGUGCUCCAAGGUUUCCAUAACUUUUGACCCCUUCCUCUACCUGCCCGUGCCCCUGCCUCAGAAGCAGAAGGUCCUCACCGUGUUCUACUUUGCUAAAGAGCCUCAUAAGAAACCCAUCAAGUUCCUGGUGAGUGUGAGUAAAGAGAACUCGAGCACAGCCGAGGUCCUGGAGUCAAUCUCUCGGAGUGUGAGGAUCAAGGCAGAGAACCUGAGACUGGCAGAGGUGGUGAAGAGUCGCUUCCACAGGAUUUUCCUCCCCUCCCACUCCCUGGACACGGUCUCCUCCUCAGACAUGCUCUUCUGCUUCGAGGUGCUAUCUAAAGAGCUGGCCAAGGAGAGGGUGGUGGUGCUCAGAGUCCAGCAGAGGCCUCAGGUCCCCAGUAUCCCCAUCUCGAAGUGUGCUGCCUGCCUGAAGCCUCCCCUCUCAGAGGAGGAGAAGCUGAAACGCUGCACCCGCUGCUACCGCGUGGGCUACUGCAAUCAGGCUUGCCAGAAAAAUCACUGGUCCAACCACAAGAGUCUGUGUCACCCCAACAUGGAGAACGUGGGGCUUCCUUUCCUGGUCAGCGUCCCCGAGUCCAGACUCACCUACGCCCGUCUGUCCCAGCUGCUGGAAGGAUACUCAAGGUAUUCAGUGAACGUGUUCCAGCCUCCCUUCCAGUCUGGCAGAACGUCCCCAGAGGGCACCCAGUGCCGUGUUGACCUCCCCCCUCCAGCAGAGACCCCUGAUGGUGUGGGGCCAGGGGAUGAAGCUAGGGGCGGUGGGGUGGGGGACUCUGAUCAGGAGAGCCCCUUUCUGGUCCCUGAGUCUCCAUUAGAAACAGCCCAGGCUUCAGCACACCCAGCCGGAGAUACAGACGCCCUCUCCACCCGCACCAUAGACUCUGGCUUCUCUGAGCCCUCCUCCUGUUCCCAGGACCCCGAGGGAGAGAAGGAGACCUCCUGUGAGAAGGCUGUCAGGCCAGAAGGUAAAGCUGCAGUUACAGGCUACCAGCAACCAUCAGAAUCUGCGUCCAGCCACGCUUCUCAGUUCUACAUCUCCAUCCUCGACUCCAACAGCAAGGAGCAGAAACUGGAGGAAAGGGAAGAGGCUGUUCUGGACCUCCCUGACGAAUCCACCCUGGCACUAGUGUGGAAGAACAACGAGCGUCUCAAGGAGUAUGUGCUGGUCCGGUCCAAGGAGCUGGACUUUAAGGAGGACCCUGGGUCGGUCAGUGAGACGGCCAGGGCUGGACACUUCACCCUGGAGCAGUGCCUUAACCUCUUCACUAGGCCUGAGGUGCUGGCACCAGAGGAGGCAUGGUACUGUCCAAAGUGCCAGCAGCACAGGGAAGCAUCCAAGCAGCUGCUGCUGUGGCGUCUGCCCAACGUCCUCAUCAUCCAGCUCAAGCGCUUCUCCUUCCGCAGCUUCAUCUGGAGGGACAAGAUCAACGACAUGGUCGACUUCCCUGUCAGGAACCUGGACCUCAGUAAGUUCUGUAUUGGUCAGAAGGAUGACAUGCAGCAGCCGCCAAUCUAUGACCUCUAUGCUGUCAUUAAUCACUACGGGGGUAUGAUCGGAGGUCACUACACAGCCUACGCACGCCUGCCCAGUGCCCAGAACAGCCAGCGCAGUGAUGUCGGCUGGCGUCUGUUUGAUGACAGCACAGUGACGACAGUUGAGGAGAACCAGGUGGUGACACGCUACGCCUACGUGCUGUUCUACCGCCGCCGCAACUCCCCCGUGGAACGACCACCUCGCUUCCUAGGGCCCCUCGGGGUCGAGUCCCCCACCGCUGCAGGAGCCACCGCCAGCCAGAAACCACCUGUUGCCGACCCCUGCCCCUGGAAGUCUGGCUGUGGUGAGGGGACUGUGCUUUAGAACCAAGCCUUUCCCAGAAGCUGACACAGGUUUCCGCCAUCGCAGGCCUCUCUAAUAUGGCAGGAACUGGAGGAGGAAGAAGAGGGUCUUGAAGAGGGCCCCCGGGGCCUGUUCCGCACCAGCCUGGGGAGAAGAGCAGCCAGGAGGAGGGAGGAGGAGGGGGUGGAGGGGCAGGUGCGACGGCGGCGCCAAAGGAUCUCAGAUUAUUCCGAUGAUGACUGCGUACGAUAUUUGGUCCUGGGCACCUUGGCUGCUCUGCUAGCGUUGUUCCUGGACCUGAUCUACCCCCUGCUCUACUGAGCCAACUGGGGCUAAGUGGCCAGUCUCACACCCCAUUACAUACACACCCCAAUACAGAUGCACAUGAAAGCUUAUACACUGAGAAAUUAAGUCAAAUUUAUUGCACUUUAAAUUGUCUAUGCCAUUAUUUAUAUCUUUUUUUAUUGUUUAGUAUUUGUAGAUGGCCAAUAAAUUAACAUUCUGCUAAACACUUUGAAAUUAAACGAAAGUAUACACAUGAUAUCCUUUAAUCAAUUCUAUGCAUCGUUAAAGAGAAACCGACUGAGCUGCUACUAGAAUUUGUUCUUAACUGACUUGCCUAGUUAAAUAAAGGUUCAAUUAAACAAAAUAGUUACUUUGCUCAGCAUGGCUUUGCCUAGUUGACAUUUUUUGUUGCGUACUGCAGUCCAUAAUUUAGGCCCUUCUAAACUACCCUAUAUUCCAUUUCAACAUACCAAAACAGGUCUCAACUGUACUCUCCCCUUUGUGUUCCUCCCAAGUCUCUCACCAUGUAGGUUUUUUUGUACUAAAAUAUGAAAUGCACAUUUAGAAAUGGAUAGGCCCAUCUUUUGCACAAGUAAUGCUGCUGAGAUGACUUGAAGGCUAUAGCGUUGAAGUACUACUGUAAUAAUAAGGGGUAGAACUGCACUCAGAAAUGUCCUCCUUAACAGCACCCUGGUCAUUGUAUGUUGGCGAUAUCUGCUUGCUUGUACAGUCAUGACUUUGUACUGUAGCCUGAAGACAGUUAACAUUGUGUUUUUGCCAUCUCAAUGAAUAGUGUUAUAGACUCACUAAGCGAUUAUAUGCCUUAGCUUUUUCCUGUUUGUCACGUUGCUGAUUAUUUUAGAUUUGAUGUAGUCAACAACUCUUAAUUCAGCAGGUUGGUUUAUUUCUGCCCAUUAAUUUGACUUAUCCCUGUCAUACUUGUAUUGGAACUGUUUUCUCUUUGUUUCACGAAAGCCAUUAAAGCAGAAGUAACCUUUUUAAUGUGCUGCUUUGCAUUACACUGGUGAAGUAGCUAGCUAUGUCCGAGCUUUAUGACUGUUUGAGAAGUGCACUAAUGUACAGUUUAAACAGUUCCUAGCUUAACAGGGAUUUAAUGACACUAGGACAGAGGCUGUCCGUCUCUCAAUAUAAGUUGCUCCAACGUUCAUGAUUAUCGGUGCUGCUGGUAUAUAGACUACGCCCUGUAACAGUGCUGUAGUGAUAUGUUCAAGUCUUAGGGAUUUCACAGUGCAUUCUGUCAUGUCUCUCCCUUGUAGGUGUGUUUUCAGAGCUGAGUCUAGUCACUAUAUCUGCUUUAAAUUCCCACUAUGUGUCCGGGCACAUAUACAUUGAUUUAUGCAACCGUGAUGGUAUGCAGUAUGUAUUUCAUCUCAUUCUUACAAUGAAUUAUACUGGCUGUAUUUUGAAAGAUGCAUCUUAAAAAUGUAAUCGCUGACAUGCAAAACAUUUUGAAAUAAAUACCAAAAGAUAUAGAUUUUAGGUAGAUUUUUCCUUUUAAGAGUGCUCUGUCAUUGGAAUAGUUGCUAUUAUUUAAAAAUUUGUUCAGGUACUUCAAUCUCAAUGAUGCUCCAAUAAACAAGCACUUCAAUUGUCAACCUUA